AUGAAGUCCUCAAGUCUGGCGUUCAUCCUAACCAUUGUGUCAACGUGCAGCAUUUUCUUAGCAGCAAGAAGCUCCCCGGAAGAUUUCCUUGAAGUGCACAACGAAGCUCGCGCAGCGGUUGGUGUAAAACCAUUGAAAUGGAACGAAACCCUGGUAGCCUAUGCUCAGAAAUAUGCGGACUCGAAGAAACAGACGUGCGAAAUGGAGCAUUCAAUGGGGCCUUACGGGGAGAACCUGGCGGAGGGUUAUGAGGAAUUGAAGGGCUCGGACGCAGCGAAAAUGUGGCUGUCGGAGAAAUCCUUUUAUGACCCGGAGACGAAACAGUGUGUUAAAGACGAGUGCUUGCAUUAUACUCAGAUGGUUUGGAACACCACAGAGAGUAUUGGAUGUGCUCGGACCAAGUGUGACAAUGGCUGGAUGUUUGUCAUCUGCAGUUAUUACCCUCCAGGCAAUUACGUAGGCUCUGCACCUUACUAA